AUGCAAAUGGUGGAUGAUGUGAUCAGAGUGAAUUCAGCCAAGUUGAAGCUGAUUACGAAAAUUGAUUUCUACGAGAAUAUGGCAGAAGAUGAGAGUAGUGGAAAGAGUAGCAGGAAGAGAGUAGUGACAUUCAGUGACAAGGUGACUGUUCAUGAAAUACCAAAUGAUAAUAGAAAAGUGAGAAGAAUUAGAAGAGGUAGUAAGAGUAGUAAGAGUAGUAGUAAUAGUAACAAUAAUAAUAACAAUAACAACAACAAUAUCAGUAUUAAUAAUAUCAAACAGUAUAAAAUAGAUGGGCUGAAUGUGACAGUAGAGAAUAAGUGGGUGAAGAAUGCAAGGGGAUACAGAACAAUGAUAAAAGAGAAGGGAAAUGUGGUAUUGGGGUAUGGAAGUAGGGAGCAGAUGGAGAGAGACCUGAGAAGGAUGUUUAAGACUGAAAAGAGUGGGGGAAGAUGUGUGGAAAACAAGUUUAUGGUUAUGGGGCUGAAGUAUACGGAAAAUGAGGGGAGUUUGAAGGAGUAUUUUGGUCGAUUUGGACUGGUGGAGAAGGUGGUGGUGGAGAAGAACAGGAAGGGGUGGUGUCUGGGCAAGGCAGUCGUGACGAUGAUGGGAUUCGACUACUCAAAGAGGCACAGAAUAGGCGGAAGAGGCGUCAGAAUUGAGAGAAUAAAGCACUAG